AGAUGAAGCUUCGCAGCUCAAUUCCCAAACGACCAGGUCCUCUCAGCGACUCGACCCGCAGAUCUGCCCCUCCACAUCAAAAUCAGUCUCUAUCCACUGCAUAUCUGACCUCAAGACAAUGCCCCGAGGCGCAAAGCUCACGGAACAUCCGGAAAUACCUGACUUUCCGCCCCUGCUCCAUAGACUUAUUUCCGAGCUCGAGAAAAUCCGCCGACGUGCGAAUUUUAUUCCUCAAGAAUUCAAGGACUCCUUGGAGGUCAGGGCGCAUAUCAAGUUGGUUGAUGAUGACGAUUUCAACGAACUCACAGUCUUUACCAAACAGCCAAACCAUAUGGAAUAUUUCAACCUCAAGCUUGAAUUCACGAACAUGAUGCAAGUCCUGGUCGCAUCUCGAAGCAUGAGUAAUAAGGGUUCACUUGAGAAUUGCUGGAACUAUUCUGUGCACUUCAAGCUAUUGGAUCAAGCCCAGGCCGCCUUUGCAAACCUGGUUGUCGAAGGUGUCGCCCAGCUCAAACCACAGACCCAAUACCUCCCUACUGAAAACACGCAGCCUAAGCUCGUGGACUUCGCAGUGCGGUGGCAACCCGGUGAUAGCGACGGAGGUCUGAUUAUCAGGCUUCUCAAUCCUCAGCACCCGAGCAUCAACCAUGUCAUUUCCGAAGAUCAAGACUACAGGGAGUGCCCAAUGGUUAUUCCCAUCGAAACCAAACGACGCAAUGGCGAUCAUGCCCAAGGUUUUGCACAACUCACACUCUGUGCGAUGGCUCUUUUCAAACGCUUGCGCCAUUUCUCAGGCGAAAAAUCCGUGGUUUCACUUCCUAUUCCCAUGCUCAUGGUUCUCGGUGAUCGAUGGUUCUUGUACUUCGCGAUCGAUGGUUCAGAGAACACCAAGAUUCUUAGCUUUGGAGAAAUCGGUGAUACAAGCGAUCUGCAGAAACUGUACACGCUUUUGAAAUCAAUCAAGGCCCUGUUCCGGUUUGUUCAAUAUCUUCGGGUUCCCGAAUAUAGGAAGACGGUCCUAUGUUCAACUACGAAGGGUUUUCAACUACUUUUGGAUCCCUGUUGAACAUUUGGCCCUUACACUUUAGUAGCGAGAGGAAAUGUAUUUUGAUGGAGAGAGACGCGAGGUUCUAAGUCGGGAAGACAUCACGC